UUUCCUGUAAAAAGAAGAUUAUUAACUGAAGAUGAAUAUUUAGAAAUGAAAGAAAGAGAAACAGAAAAAGCUUUAGAAGAAUUAAGGGAAUAUUGUAAAAGUCCCAAGUGUGAUUCUUGGAAAGUUAUCAGUAGAAUUAAAUCACCUAGCAGAUUUGCAAGUUUUGUAGAAGGUGAAGAUCAUCUAUCUGAUGAUGAGUUUUAUAAUCAUAAUGUUUAUUCUACACAUUUACCUUCUGAUAGUUACAGUGAAGAUGAAAUGUCAGAGAUAGAAUUUAGAUCAACAUCACCUUAG